AUUUCUUGGCAUCUUUCUUCGGAAUUGCACCGAUGGUCUGAUAAGUUGCAGAAGCCCUUGUGGUGCUCAAGAAAAAAAGGCUGAAAAACGAUGACAGACCCAACGGGCUCAUCAGCUUCAGAUAAGGUCCAGGCAUCCUCUUCUUCUUCACCGGACCAGAAAAGCACUAAACGGGAUUUUUCCACUGCAAUUUUGGAACGCAAGAAGUCUCCCAAUCGUUUAGUUGUUGAUGAGGCUAUCAAUGAUGAUAACUCUGUGGUUUCUUUGCAUCCUGCUACCAUGGAAAAGCUGCAGUUCUUUAGAGGAGAUACUAUUUUAUUGAAGGGGAAGAAGCGGAGAGAUACAGUGUGUGUUGUUCUUGCUGAUGAACAAUGUGAAGAGCCAAAAAUCAGAAUGAAUAAAAUUGUACGAGCCAAUCUUAGAGUUCGUCUUGGAGAUGUCGUGUCUGUCCAUCAGUGUCCUGAUGUGAAGUAUGGAAAACGGGUUCACGUCCUCCCCAUUGAUGAUACAAUAGAGGGUGUUACUGGCAACCUAUUUGAUGCAUAUUUGAAACCUUAUUUCUUGGAAGCAUAUCGACCGGUGAGGAAGGGUGACCUAUUUUUAGUCAGGGGUGGAAUGAGAACUGUUGAAUUCAAGGUCAUAGAGACAGACCCUGGUGAAUACUGUGUUGUUGCACCUGAUACUGAGAUCUUCUGUGAGGGAGAGCCCAUAAAACGCGAGGAUGAGGAGAGAUUAAAUGAAGUUGGAUAUGAUGACGUUGGGGGUGUCCGGAAGCAAAUGGCUCAGAUUCGUGAACUAGUUGAAUUACCACUUAGACACCCACAACUCUUCAAAUCAAUUGGUGUAAAGCCUCCAAAAGGGAUAUUGCUAUAUGGGCCUCCUGGAUCCGGAAAAACUCUUAUAGCAAGAGCUGUUGCUAAUGAGACUGGUGCAUUUUUCUUUCUAAUUAAUGGGCCAGAAAUAAUGUCGAAGUUAGCUGGUGAGAGUGAAAGCAAUCUGAGGAAGGCUUUUGAGGAAGCUGAAAAGAAUGCCCCCUCAAUUAUCUUUAUUGAUGAACUUGAUUCCAUUGCUCCAAAGAGGGAGAAAACACAUGGAGAAGUGGAAAGACGUAUUGUUUCCCAACUUCUGACCUUGAUGGAUGGCCUCAAGACUCGAGCACACGUUAUUGUUAUUGGAGCUACCAAUAGACCUAAUAGCAUUGACCCUGCUUUGAGGAGGUUUGGAAGAUUUGAUCGGGAGAUCGAUAUUGGUGUACCUGAUGAAAUAGGACGAUUGGAAGUCCUUAGGAUCCAUACAAAGAACAUGAAACUUGCAGAGGAUGUCGAUCUUGAGAGAGUUGCAAGGGACACCCAUGGUUACGUUGGUGCAGAUCUUGCUGCUCUCUGCACUGAAGCAGCACUCCAGUGUAUUCGGGAGAAAAUGGAUGUCAUUGAUUUGGAGGAUGAAACAAUUGAUGCUGAGGUAUUGAAUUCCAUGGCCGUAACCAAUGAGCAUUUCCAAACUGCUUUAGGGUCUUCGAAUCCUUCAGCUUUGCGCGAAACUGUUGUGGAGGUUCCGAACGUUUCGUGGGAUGAUAUUGGUGGGUUGGACAAUGUUAAAAGAGAGCUCCAGGAGACUGUCCAAUAUCCAGUGGAGCAUCCUGAGAAGUUUGAAAAAUUUGGCAUGUCACCAUCUAAAGGUGUUCUCUUUUAUGGGCCCCCUGGCUGUGGUAAAACGCUGCUUGCUAAGGCAAUUGCCAAUGAAUGCCAAGCCAACUUUAUAAGUGUGAAAGGACCUGAGUUGCUGACAAUGUGGUUUGGUGAAAGUGAGGCAAAUGUGAGAGAGAUAUUCGACAAGGCUCGGCAGUCGGCUCCUUGUGUACUAUUUUUUGAUGAACUUGAUUCCAUAGCAACUCAGCGUGGUAGUUCUGUUGGAGAUGCUGGUGGUGCAGCAGAUAGAGUCUUGAACCAACUUCUUACAGAAAUGGAUGGCAUGACUGCAAAGAAGACCGUGUUCAUAAUUGGGGCAACAAACAGGCCAGACAUUAUAGACCCCGCCCUGCUUAGGCCCGGACGUCUGGACCAAUUAAUAUACAUCCCGCUCCCUGACGAGGCUUCUCGUCUUCAGAUCUUCAAAGCAUGUCUGCGAAAGUCACCAGUGUCGAAAGAUGUCGAUCUAUCAGCUCUUUCCCGGUACACCCAUGGCUUUAGUGGAGCCGAUAUCACUGAAAUAUGUCAGCGUGCCUGCAAAUAUGCCAUUAGAGAAAAUAUUGAGAAGGAUCUCGAGAAGGAGAGAAAGAAAAGAGAAAACCCAGAAGCCAUGGAAGAAGACGACGACAUCGACGAAGUCUCAGAGAUAAAGGCAGCACAUUUCGAGGAGUCGAUGAAGUUUGCUCGUCGAAGUGUCAGUGAUGCAGACAUCAGGAAGUACCAGCUCUUUGCUCAGACCCUACAACAAUCUCGCGGAAUUGGAUCUGAAUUUCGGUUCCCCGACCGAACUGAUAACAUUGCAGCUGACCCGUUUUCUUCUGCCAUAGCUGGAGAUGAUGAUGAUGAUCUUUACAACUGAAGUGGAAACCAGUCAGUGCAAUGGUUUGUAAGGGCCUUUCUUCUCUAAACAACCCUUUCAAGUGCUUUCUUCUCUUGAAAUGUAGUUGUGUUUUCUUUUCUUCUUGCUAGUGAAUGGUUGUGUUGUACAUAUUGCAAGGAUUGAUCGUAGAGAAAUAAAGGAAUGUGGAACAUCAGACUGGACAGUCUCUUCGCUGUGAAA